AUCGCACCCCACAACAACUAUGAGACACUAUAAGGCGGAAAGUGGCAUAUUGAUACACAUACUGUGGAAAUGCCUCAAAUGUGUGUGCUAUUGGGUAAUAUCCAGAGGCGAACUGACAACUCAUGGGGUCCCCGGGCAAUAGGGGAUCAUUGGGCCCCUGUGUCCUUGCCCAAACUCAAAAUAGCCUAUGAAAAAGGUACCAGGGGCAUCUCAUGGGGCCCCCUACUGACCCCGGGCCCUCGGGCAGUGCCCGAGUUUCCAAAUGGUCAGUCCGCCCCUGGUAAUAUCACUGAUAAAUAAUGUUUUUUCUCU